AAGCCCGAACGUGCUCGCGCGCGCCGGAGUUUAUGCUGUCAGACGUCGCUGGUUUGACUUGACACCGAGGGAUAACUAGCGCGCGCGAGUGCUUUCGUGUUCACUUUAUUGUUCUAGCCUGUAAAUUUUAUGACGCGGAACACACGGAAUUCCCUGCUCGCCAGGUGACAAAGCCCUUUCACAUCAGUAUACCUCAGAUAUAAGUAGUUCUGACCAGUUUAGCUAGCAAGAUUCUAUAGGUGCUCCAUCAGAAGAAGAAGAAGAUUAACUGGCAGGACCACACCAUAUUUCAAUAAACAAAUAAAUCCAAAACCGUAACGUUUAUUCCAUUUCCUGAUUUUCCAAUUAAAGCCAAUUUUGAAGCACACACUGUCCAUUAAAAAAUCUUACAUUCACUCUUUCCUAACAGCUUUCCUACCUCUCGAAAACAUUCUUAACUUAGAAUCCAUUUUUAAUACCAAGGUACACAUAAUCUCUCUUACGCUGCAGCCUUUAGAGUUUAGACCUAGUACACUGUACCCUUCUGGGCUACCCUUCACUUGUAAACUCAUAGUCCUUAGCUCAUCCAUAGCGUUCAGAGUAGUCUAUAUAUCAAAUUAAAUCUGAGGAAAAACAAAAAAUCUUUUUAUCCAUACACUCCCCGAACCCAGGUUCAAUGGCGACGUGUCACAUAGUCUCGACUCUCACUCUCCCUAUUAGCUGAGAUUCGUCAUCAACCGAUUUCCAUCAAAAGCGUCACCAUGGCGGAUUCCCAGCAGCCCCGCGAGCCAAUGGCGUCCUCGGUGCGCUUCACCGUAACGCCGACCAAAGCCGAGGACGUCCCAGGCCUGUCGGACGCAUCGCCAGACACUGGCUCACGCAACAGCGGGCGAGUGCGCUUCGGCUCACGAGAGAGCGUCAGCAACAGCGAGGACACGCCGGACCGAAGUCACCAUGAACACGAUGGAAAUUCUAAAAUCUCCAAUGUGUACAUCAACAACAGUCACACCGUUGACGAUGAUGAUUUCUAUGACCGAAACCUGGCUCUGUUUGAGGAAGAGAUGGACACACGACCAAAGGUUUCCUCCCUUCUUUCGCGCCUGGUCAACUACACCAACGUCACACAGGGUGCCCGAGAGCACGAGGAGGCCGAAAGCAUCGGAGAGAAACGCAAACCUAGCAAGUCUCCACAGAUGGGUACGUUCAUGGGCGUAUACCUGCCUUGCCUGCAAAACAUAUUCGGCGUCAUCCUGUUCCUCCGUCUCACUUGGGUUGUGGGCACGGCUGGGGUCCUGCAGGCGCUGUGUAUCGUCUUCAUGUGCUGCUGCUGCACCAUGCUGACUGCUAUCUCAAUGAGUGCUAUUGCCACUAAUGGGGUAGUACCAGCUGGGGGUUCAUAUUUUAUGAUCUCACGCUCGUUGGGCCCAGAGUUUGGAGGUGCGGUUGGUUUGUGUUUUUACCUCGGCACCACCUUCGCUGGGUCCAUGUACAUCCUCGGAGCCAUCGAAAUCUUGCUGAUGUAUAUCGCUCCAUCAGUUGCCAUCUUUUACUCCCAGGAGCCAGAGGGUGAAGCGGGAGCUAUGCUAAACAACAUGCGCGUAUAUGGCUCCAUUUUCUUGCUGCUAAUGUCACUUCUGGUCUUCGUCGGUGUCAAAUACGUGAACAAGUUGGCAUCACUGUUUCUCGCCUGCGUCAUCAUUUCCAUCCUCUCCAUCUAUGUCGGGGCCCUGGUCUCCGCCUUCAGUCCACCUUCCUUCCCAGUGUGUAUGCUGGGCAACCGGAGCAUCUCUCGACAUGAGCUUCAUGACGACCUUUGUGCGAAAACGGUUCUGUACGUUAACAAAAUGAAUGUCAACACCAGCGUCAACAUCAGUGAAAGCUUCAACAGCACAGAAGCUCCUACUGUUACUCCAUUAUGGGUGGAGAAGACGACAGAUCUUUGGUCACGUUUUUGUAAUUCAUCGGCGCUGACUGCGGCAUGUGACAAGUAUUUUACUCAAAACAACGUGACAAAAAUUGAGGGAAUCCCUGGACUCUCAAGUGCAGUUAUUUCAGAAAACCUUUGGAGUUCAUACCUGAGUAAAGGAGAUCUUCUAGAGCGAGGUUCAAACCCCACCCCCAGCUCACCCUCCACGUUCUCCAACCAUCACCUUCCAUACGUCUUCGUGGACAUCACCACGUCCUUCACCCUGUUGGUGGGAAUCUUCUUUCCGUCCGUGACAGGCAUCAUGGCAGGCUCAAAUCGCUCAGGGGAUCUGAAGGACGCCCAGCGCUCCAUUCCCAUCGGAACUAUUCUAGCCAUCCUCACCACCUCUCUAGUGUAUCUGAGCAGCGUGGUGCUGUUUGGGGCCUGUGUGGAGGGAGUUCUUCUCAGAGACAAGUUUGGAGAUUCUGUGAAAGGGAACUUGGUUGUAGGCACGCUUGCAUGGCCCUCCCCCUGGGUCAUCGUGAUCGGAUCUUUCUUCUCGACAUGCGGUGCAGGCCUUCAGUCACUGACCGGCGCCCCGAGAUUGCUUCAGGCCAUCGCUAAAGAUAACAUCAUCCCCUUCCUCAGAGUUUUUGGUCACGGUAAAGCUAACGGCGAGCCUACGUGGGCCCUGCUGCUGACCGCCUUCAUCGCUGAACUGGGGAUCCUCAUCGCUUCACUGGACCUGGUCGCUCCUAUUCUUUCUAUGUUUUUCCUAAUGUGUUAUCUGUUUGUGAAUUUGGCCUGUGCUCUUCAGACUUUGCUGAGGACCCCUAACUGGAGACCUCGUUUCUCCUAUUAUCACUGGACACUCUCAUUUUUAGGGAUGAUCAUUUGCCUGGCACUAAUGUUUAUUUCAUCCUGGUACUACGCACUUGUCGCCAUGGUGAUCGCCGGGAUGAUUUAUAAGUAUAUCGAGUAUCACGGGGCGGAGAAAGAGUGGGGAGAUGGGAUUAGAGGUCUCUCACUGAGUGCAGCUCGCUUUGCCUUACUCAGACUUGAGGAAGGGCCACCACACACCAAGAACUGGAGACCUCAACUUCUGGUUCUGCUGAAGCUAGAUGAAGACGCGCACGUUAAAUCUCCACGCCUGCUCACGUUCGCCUCUCAGCUAAAGGCCGGAAAAGGUUUAACCAUCGUGGGCACUGUCAUCACCGGAAACUUCCUGUACGCCUACGGGGAGUCGCUCGCCGCCGAACAGACACUGAAGCACCUGAUGGAGAAAGAGCGGGUGAAGGGCUUCGUGCAGUGCAUCGUGGCCCAAAAGCCUCGCGAAGGCAUAAGUCACAUGAUCCAAUCAAGCGGCCUGGGCGGUAUGCAGCCGAACACCGUGGUGAUGGGCUGGCCACACGCAUGGAGACAGAGCGAAGACCCGCAAAGCUGGAAGACCUUCAUCAACACGGUGCGCUUGACGACGGCGGCCCACCUCGCCCUACUGGUGCCCAAGAACAUCUCCCUGUUUCCCACGAACAGCGAGCCGUGUACAGACGGUUACAUCGACGUGUGGUGGAUCGUACAUGACGGAGGCAUGCUCAUGCUCCUGCCCUUCCUGCUGCGCCAACACAAGGUUUGGCGUAAAUGCGGGAUGCGCAUCUUCACCGUAGCUCAGAUGGAGGAUAACUCUAUUCAGAUGAAGAAGGACCUAGCCACCUUUCUUUACCACCUGCGCAUAGAGGCUGAAGUCGAGGUCGUAGAGAUGCAUGACAGUGACAUCAGUGCGUACACGUAUGAGAGAACUCUGAUGAUGGAACAGCGAUCUCAAAUGCUCCGCCAGAUGCGUCUCUCCAAAUCGGACCGAGACAGAGAGGCACAGCUGGUUAAGGACAGAAACUCUAUGCUGCGUUUGACCAGCAUUGGCUCCGAUGACGACGACGAGACCGAUGGACCUGGUGGGACAGACAGAGGGGGCGGAGCCUCUGAAUUCCGGCGCGUCCACAUGACCUGGACUAAAGACAAAGCCCUGGAACUGCGUGCACAAGCACAUAUUCCCUCCGGCUGCAGCACACCCGAGGGAUUCAGAGACAUGCUCAGUAUUCGGCCGGAUCAUUCCAACGUGCGGCGCAUGCACACGGCAGUCAAACUCAAUGAGGUCAUCGUAAAUAAAUCCCAUGAUGCCCGGCUUGUCCUCCUCAACAUGCCAGGACCUCCCAGGAACUCGGAAGGGGAUGAAAACUAUAUGGAAUUCCUGGAGGUUCUGACCGAAGGCCUGGAGCGCGUCCUGCUGGUCCGGGGUGGAGGAAGUGAGGUCAUCACCAUUUAUUCUUGAUUUGCCAAUAACACUCAUUCAGCUGAUGAUUUAAUUAAAGCAGAGCACCGUGUGGAUGAUGCAUCACUGGCUGUGUCACAAACAUGCCCUGCCUCCUCCAUCAAGCCACACACACACACACGCACACACACACAUCGUCCACAUCAGCCUGUGUUCGCCAGCACCAGCUCCUCAGCACUUGUCGCCAUUACCGUGUGAACGACACGAUGGAUAUGAGUGUGCGUAGAAGCGCUAUGCGUCAAAACCAACUGAUAAGAAAAAAAAAAAACAGACACACACAUUACACGUAUUACACAGUGGGACAGCGAGUGUGUUCCAUGGGUGGACUCAGGGGUUGACGGACCUUGAAUGUGUGAUAUGGAUGGUAUUGUUUGGGCCGCUGUUUUGUUCCAGAUCGAACAUUGAUUGCUAAGAGAUUGUUAAAGGCCGUGUUCAGCUACUGUAUGUGUUUUUAUUUGUUGAGCAAUGAACGUGGAAGGGCCGAGAAUUCAGAAUGAAGGGCAACAUUUUUCCCUAGCAAUAUGACGCAGGCAUUGCUGCACAUUUUAUCAAUGUUUCAGCAUGCUAUUUUAGUGUCGUUUAUUAAUGUGCUUGCAUGUUAGUCUGUACGAGUGAGAAAGAGAGAAAGUCCUCCACCUGGACCAUGCAGCAAAUUUUUGUUUGUUUGUUUGAGCAACCGCGAUGUGCUUUCGGCCUUUCCACUGAAAUCCCUGCACUCUAAUGAUGAUUGUAUUUGUGGUCCUUGCUCAUUUUUUUUUUAUGUUUUAAGCAACAACAAAAAAAAUGUUCUCCUCAGAAUGCCUGUAGAAUCUUUUUUUUUUAAUGUGCAGAGAUAGCAGUGUUUUCAUGUUUUGUUUUUCUCUGUGCUUUUACUUUCUUUGUACUUUUAAAGCAAAGACCAAUUUUUAUGUUAUGUCUUUGUUGUUGCUGUUGUUUUUUUGUUUUUGUUUUUUUUUA